UUGCGCAUUUCGGCUUGAACAUCUACAAGAGUAUCAUAAGUAUUGCGAUAGAUAGGAAUAUAUUAUUUUCCGCCAUGGCUGAGAAUCUUCUACCCCGAGGAGAUGACUUAGCUCAGCAAGAGAAUAAUGGCUUUGGACCACUUUUCAAGCGUCGUGGAAGAACUGCCGCAAUCACUUCAGCUAUCAUAGGUGUGAGUAGUGGCGCGAUGCUAUUCUUAGCGGUGAAAGAGGAAGAGAAGAAGACUCACUUCCUGGUAUUUACAGCAGCCCUGCUUACCCUCAGUUUCGCUUUCGGGGAGCUAUUACGAAGAUUGUCCCUGGUGUCGGAAGAGAUUCAACACAAACACACGCGACACCAAGGAAAGUGGAAGAGUGUUUUUAAGACAACUUUCACUUUCGACCAUGGCGGGUGUAUUUCACUCACCGCUAUGUUUUCUGCUUUAAUCUUGUGUUAUCAGCUGUAUGAACAAUACGAGGUUUUCUCGCGUUCAGAUUUCGCCAUCUUGUUUUCAGUGAACUGUCUCGUGGUUCCGCAAUUGUUGUUCCUUGUGGGUCUUCGACAGCUCUCUCCUGUGGAAACUUCGGAUUUGAACGAAAAAGAAAAUAAGAACGUGGCCGAUGGACUGGCUUGGAGCUACUACUUUGGUUAUCUGAAGCUGGUGCUGCCGCAUCUGAAAGAUCAGAUUGCCAAAUCAGAGCAAUUUCGAUACAAGAUAAAAAAGAAAAAGCUUUUUAUUUUAUUGCCCAAAACGUGCUUCACCCAUGCUGACAUCGUUGACGCAGAUCCCAGAGUAAAAUGGGCGGGCAAUCUGCCAGAGCUUAAGAUAAGUAGGGGUGGAAUUAAGGACAGAAUUUAUAAGCAUGCGGUUCAUAAGAUAGAGAUGCCCCGCCCAGAUGGAACGAUGGAUGAGUACCACUUUAUUCUGGAGUAUGCCACAUCUCUGAUGACCCUUUAUGAUAUGUCUCAGCAUGCAGACGCCCCCUUAAGUCGCAAGGAGCGGGAUCAUCAGGUGGUGUUGUUCAUCCGAAAAUUGAGGGAAAUUCUGGAUAAGUCUGAAGAAUGUAGAGGUAGUUACGAGUUGGUGCCAAUUUCAGGAAAUGAUCCAAAUGAGAUUGCAAAUGUCCUGGUUGGAAUGCAUAAUGCCGCCAACAUAGAGGUGCUGGCCGGCAAUCAUGAUCAAGCCAAUGGAGUAAUCAGACCAGAGUAGUGACAGUUUUAUAAAGCAAUGUUAAUUCAUUGUUGAGAACUCUGUAACAUGUUACAUAAAAUUGCUGAUGUAUCAUAGGUAAAUGUUACAUUCAUCUAGGAAUUGGGCAGAAUUACAAGACCCUUACUUAUUUAUUUUUUUCUUUUCUAAGUUAUUAUUAAAGUUUAUAAAGAAGGAUGACUUGCCAUUAAAUAGUACUUGUAGAAAUACUGAUUGUACUCUUUAAACCUUAAACUUCUUGGUUUAAUCGACCACCAAAAGGUAAAUUGAUAAUAUUUUACCCCUAAUAUAAAUUUGAUUGACACAUCAUAGUAUUUCUGUUGUUCUAAACAAUCUGGGAGGCCAAAAAGUUUUAUGCAUGUUUAAGAGAGAGAUCAAGUAUCCCUGUUCUUUAUAUGACCAAAAGGGACUUGAUCUGUAACUUAAUCAUGUAGAGAGCCCAAACUAGUUGAACUGAAUAAAUGAAAAUACCAUAUUAUCUUCACAUGUGAAAAUAACACCAUUACUAUGGUUGCAUAAUAAAUUGCACCUUUGACAGUGAAAGUGAAAUGGUUUGAUUUUUCAUUGGUGUAAAUAUAAUAAAUAGAAUAUUACAUGGCUGCUUAGAAAUAGAAAAUUUCUCUUCUCAUGUUGAUAUUUUAGCUGUUCGCUUUGCUCACUCAUGAAACAUUUUUCAACACUUGAAGAGAAGUUUUGUAUCUCUGCAUGGCCGUGUAGUAUUCUCUUUUUAUUGGAUGAAGAUGGUUGUUGCACUCUAAUUCUAUGAGCAUAUUAUUAAGAAUGAAACUCACCACAAUGCACUUCAUAACUUUGUGCAUUCAGUUAUUGAAUAUGGAUAAUUGUGCUGUUCUGUGCUUCUUUAUAAUAAAAUAAUUUAUUUGUGUU